AUGAAGGUUGAACUAGCAUCUCGUGGUCGGGUGGCCAUCAGUGGCACCACGAAAACUGUCCCGCUAGGUGAAAAGGAUGACAUCCUCGUUGUAAAUCCCUCUACUGUGGCAAUACUUGACAAAAGUCAAACACUCAGUCGACAGACUAGGAAACUAAACUUCCUGACUCGAGCGGUGAUACUGACCGCGUCCGUGGAAGGGAAUUUCGUCGCUGGGGUUACCGAAAACGGACGUAUUUUUCGAUUCGACAAUCUCAAUCACGCACAGUGGAUAGACUCGCCUGGUCUAGAGAAGUCUAAAGUUGCACAGAUCUGCGUCGACAGCAGCGGCAAUAUCCUAGUGAGCAGUGGAGAAUUAUGCGUUUACAAGUUCAGUGUGCGCAGUCUGUCAUGGGAAGUGUUCCCAUGUCCUUUCCUUCUGCCUGAGUUCGUCACCGUCAGACUCGCGGGUUGUUCAGCUUCGAGCUCCGCCGAAGUUCACGCGACCUUCGCCUGGCUGCUCAGUGACGAUCGGAUCAUCGUGUGUAGCAUAGGGUACAAAUAUCUUGAUAGAAAUCAGUGGCGCAUCCGACAAGCGUCGACGUCAUUUCUUCCGUGCAGUUCUCUGACGCCGUCCCCGGAUUUAUCUUGUUUCCUCCUCGUUUCGCCGUCUGCGAUCCAUCUCGUCCAUAAUUCGUCGUCACUAGCGCACUUCAAACGGGAGUUUCCAGAGGAGGCUGUGGUGGAUGCAACGUGGUGCCGUAACUCCGAAUUAAUCCUUGUUCUAUCGCCUGGCGGUAAAUUGGCGAUUGUGGCCAAGUUCAUGAGCAGUCUUUUCGGUUUCGAGCAAACAGGGAACGAGCACGGCGUUCCUGCAAGCUGGAUGCACGUUGUGAACGUGGAAGUGGGGGACCCUCUUGCACUGAGAGCUCAUCUCUCUCCUCACUUAGAUGCCCUCAUCGUGACAGGCUCGGAGAUCUUCACAAUUUCGGUCGAGCCCAUGGGCCACACUCUACACCUCAACAAGCUCCUCAGCGCGCAGUCGUCGUCGAUAGCGAUCCUGAGUGAACUCUGCCUGCAUUUGGCAUCCAUCAGGCCGUUGACUGGAGACCAUGUCCUGCUGCUGGCCGUUAUUAGGAAGAAUUUAAGUGCGGGGCUCGACGUUUGCGACGAAGUGCGACUCGGGGAAAUCGGCCCGGUUUUCUGCGCUCUUCUCGAGUGGGCGGUCCAGUUGGAAUCGGUCCCCAUUGUCAAGCUCAUGGUCUUCGCCUUGCGACGCUUCAUGAAGGUCGACAAGAAGAAGAAGUACAAGAAGCAGAUGCUCGGCCGGUUCUCAGCUGCUCUGCGAGUUUUCGAUGUGAGCAACAAGACCUCGGCCCACGUCCGUUUGGGAUCCCGAACCCGUCCGCGAGGGAGGGCGAGCAGCAUCACAGAAUGCUAUUAUAACGGAGACACAACGGGUGCGAUGAAAUGUCUGACGCAGCAAGCAGAAAUAUCGUCGCAGUCGAAGGAGUUGGUGAAACGUCUCUUGGACACGAAACAAGAGAUCCGAGCUUUUGAAGCUCUCAUCAUCAUCCUAAGCUCUCAAGGCUCCCAGCUGAUUGAGAUUAUCCCGAGAGAUCCAAAAGUUCGCCUGCUGUUCCGAAGUUUCGCUUCAAAGAUCAAGCAAGCUUCAGUGGCGUUCGAGCUUCUUUUCCUCGCUGGAUUCUGGAGGGACGCCCUCUCGCUGAGUUGUCACCUGGAGCAACACGGGCUCGAAGCCCUUGUCGCAAUCUCUCUACACGAAUUGCGACGGACCGGUGAAGCUUUAAGAGACUUCAUCAUAUCCAGCAUGAACGAGCAAGAUGGGGAUCUGCACAAGUCGCCCAUCACAACGAUGGUCACCAAUUUCCUCAGGCUCAACCCUGUCUCAAGCGAGGAUUUGUUCGUUGAAACGCUGGAUCUCCUCCUCAGUGAAUUCCUUCAAGAAUGUUCGAGGAUAUCCUUCGACUCGCCGCAAGCCAUGCUCAUAACAGUGGAAAUACAAUCCGACCUCGCAAGUCAGCCAUCUCGCCUGCAACUCGUAUGCCGGAGCAUUCAGUUACUGCUACUAUGUUGCGAGACUUGUACUCAUCUCUUGGAUUCAUUGUCUACGGCUUUCCACGAAAGAGAAGAAGCUGUGGAAGAUGUACCCACCUCGAAUCUGAGAGAAUUAUCGCUCCUCAAAUGCUUUGUGAAUAUGUUGUUCUGUUUCCAGUUGAGGCGGCUCCUGUUCCAGGAAUCGGAAAGUGUCAAAUCAAUCCAGUUGGCUCAGCAGCUAUACAUGAACAGUUUCAUUCCGUCACACUGGCUUUCAAGAUUGGCUCAGAUGGUUUACAUCCCCAGCCGCUCUGAGGAGGUUGCUCAACGCAAGGCCCUUCGUGACUUUUACGACAACUUCUGUCAGGAUAUUUGCAACGCGCGCACGAAGCUUAGGCAGCCGAGCAGAAGAGCAGAGCUCAAUGUGUCUCCGUUGAGCUGCUUGGAGGAAGCUCUUCUUUCAACGAAGAAAGCGACCCGAUUAUCCCACGUGAAGCACGCGAACAUCGCGCUGGUCAGAGACGACUGCCUGAAAGAGAAGCUUGAUUCGGUGAACGUGAAUCAAGCGAGAUUGAAAAGCGGUGCCAAAGUAGAUUUAUGUGUUCUGAGUGAACUCUUACUCAACGUGGAUGUAGUUUCGAGUCGCGCUUUCGUGUGCGCCCUACUCCUCCAGAUAGAUCUGACCGACGUGAAAAGGGUGCGUUUCAAUCCCAUAGUCGACGUCGUGAUCGAGGAGGAGCAGGAUGAGGAGGAGGACCCAGAAAAUUCAGAGUGAGUGUUCACGUCGACUGCAAGCAAGUUCCAGAGGUCGUUCUCAACCUCAGACGCCGCGGUGCAGGCGGAUGAGCGGUCCACCGUAGCGGCGGCGGCUCCGGACAGAAACCUGAUUCGGCAACUCGACUCAGCAUUGAAGAGUUUGGAGCGUAUUUCCAAAUCACAGAGUACGAAAGACGACGACAAACCCGAAGCCGACAAGGCUGACGUUGUGGAUUUCGGGAACGAUUCGGAGCACAUUGCUCUCAAACACAUCGAGACGGACUCGAGAAACCGGAUAUUUUCGUCGCGUCAAAUUCCCGGAGAAGGACGAUUCGAGGAAUCUAUGCGACGGAUUCGCGAGCUGACUUCUCGGAGUAUUCAGAAGUAUCAGGCUUCCGCGAAGGGCCUGAAAUCCUCCCUCCGAGCCACCGAUCGACACAGUUUGACUCAGUCCGCGUUGCGGCUGAAAGUGCGUUCUUCCGAUAACGGUGUACAUACGACCAUGAUCAUCGACGGCCGCUCAUCUUACUCAGCUAAAUAA